AUGCCAGCAGCUUCAAAUGAGACUGCCUUUCUCAAGAAGACAGUCACAGUGUCUCCACUUGUGCUAUUGUCAGUAGUUGACCAUUUCAACAGAGUUGCGAAGGAUUCGAAGAAAAGAGUGGUGGGUGUGCUAUUGGGUGAUACAUCUUCCGAGGUCAUUAAAGUCACUAACUCCUUCGCCAUCCCAUUCGAGGAGGAUGAUAAGAAUUCCUCAGUUUGGUUCUUGGACCAUAAUUUCAUUGAAUCGAUGAGAGAGAUGUUCAAGAAAAUCAACGCCAAAGAGAAAUUGAUUGGAUGGUAUCAUUCAGGACCCAAACUCAAAGCGUCUGAUUUGAAGAUCAACGAUGUAUUCAAGAAGUAUACCACUAACCCACUUUUGGUUAUUGUGGAUGUUCAACCACGCUCGGUGGGGAUUCCAACGGAUGCUUAUUUUGCUGUUGACGAUAUCAAACAUGAUGGUUCGAAAGCUGAGAGAACAUUCGUUCACGUUCCUUCGUUGAUUGAGGCAGAAGAAGCCGAAGAGAUUGGCGUGGAACACUUGCUACGUGAUAUAAGAGAUCAAGCAGCAGGCAAUUUAUCAUUGAAAGUAACUCAAAGUUACCAUUCGUUAUUGGGCUUGUACCAGAAGUUGCGGGAGAUAGCAGAUUAUCUUGAGAAAGUUUAUGAGAAAAAAUUGCCCAUCAACCAUUCAAUUUUGGGCAAAUUACAAAAUGUUUUCAACUUAUUACCAAAUCUCGCUCAUGGAGAUUCGCCAACAGACACCUUCUUGGUUGGUCACCGUGUGGACAAUGUUGAGGAUUCUUCAAAUCCGUUAGCAACUGCUUUUACCGUGAAGACAAAUGAUGAGUUAAUGAUGGUCUACAUUAGUACUUUGGUCAGAUCAAUAAUUGCUUUCCAUGAUUUGAUUGAAAAUAAGUUGGAGAACAAGAAGUUAAAUGAAAUGAAGCAAAAGGCGGGGUCCGAUAUCUCCACUGAACACGAGUAA